AAUAAGUAAUAUAUCCGAGUGAAUAGUAUCAAGAUAAACAAAGAUUGGCAGAAAUAACUUGAAACCGUUACAAUGAUGAUGAAUCUAUCCAACCCAGGAACACAUCAACAUCAUGGAAGAUAUGGAUUUCACCCACAUUUUGCAGAUCCACAAUUCCAUCACUCGCAUACUCUAGCAAGUAGGCAUAGCGCCACUUCACCAUCGGAGGAAUACACUUCCUCCCAGGUAUCCAGUUACAGACAAAACGUUCUGAGUCAAGGUCAAGAGUUCACAACGCAGAGUCUUUCAUGCUCAACAGGCGGAGAAGGCCAAUACAGAUAUUAUAACCCCAACGCCGAGGAAAGCACUGGCGGCCUAAGUCAAAGUGUUCCCUGCUCUCCAAGGCUGAGCACGGACUCUCAAUUAUCAAACGGGGAACACUCGUUUCGUCCAGGCAAGAGGCCGAAUAUAGAGGACAACGAAACGGGAGUUAACCCAGAAAAUUGUUAUAAAAGGCAUAAUUCUUGCGGGUCUGAAUUACAGCCAUAUCCUUCCAACGGUUUCGAGUUUAAAGAAAGACCGACUUGCAUCAAGAAGAUUUCGAAUUCAGGUUCGAAAGAUUCGAUAUCGUCCGAAACCGAACUUAAAUCUGGAUAUUCGUCGAAUCACGCCGAAUCUCAGAAUUACGGAGAAAACUCAAAUAGUUACCAGUACAAUCAUCACCUUUAUGACAAUUCGAGUGACGUCAUAACCUAUCGACGCCAUAGUGACGUCAUUCAAAGGCAAUUUUCUCACGAUAGCGUUUUCGUAGACAAUCCCUUCCAAACACACGACUUUCAUCACCAAGCGUAUAAUCCGUAUCGUGAUCGAGGAUCGAAUUUCGGACCUCCACAUCCAAUACAUAUUGAACAAAGAGAACACGUUCAAGCACCAGGUUACAGCUUUAUCAGAGAAUCGCAUCUCCGUGUCAAACUGGACCAUCAGCAAAGAGAACCAGUGUCCCCUCCAGAAGCAAAAAUGACCGGAGCAGGACCAACACUCGCCGUAGGAUACGGAGCACACAACUCCCCCCACCAAACCGGACCAGGGCGCCACGUAGUGGAUAUUUUGACAGAACACCCUGGAGAUCUUAUAAAGACCGAUAGUCCUAACUUCCUGUGCACACAACUACCACAGCACUGGAGAGUAAACAAAUCACUGCCAACUCCUUUCAAAAUUGUUGCAUUGUCCGAUAUUCCUGACGGAACAAUGGUCACUGUGAUGGCCGGAAAUGAUGAAAAUUAUUCGGCAGAACUUCGCAACGCUUCAGCAGUCAUGAAAGGAAAUGUUGCACGGUUCAAUGACUUAAGAUUUUUGGGUCGGAGUGGAAGAGGAAAAAGUUUCAAUUUGACGAUAACAGUGUUCACGAAUCCACCACAAGUGGCGACGUAUCAAAGAGCAAUCAAAGUUACUGUUGAUGGGCCGAGAGAACCAAGGCGUCAGCGUCAAAAACAAAUGGAUGAACACACUAAAAGUGUGUUAUCUUUUCCCGAUUCCUUCACACAUUUAGAAUCUUUAAGAAGAAACCAAGGUUAUCAAAGUCAAGGUAUAAAUUUCGGAGACCCAUCAAGAAUGGUCGGACAUUCUCCAGGCGGUUGGGCGGCAUAUCCAAAUGCAACAAGGUUUUCACCGUAUCUGGCAUCACCACAUGCUACGGCAGCGGCGAUUCGGGCACAAGCUGCAAGUGUUACGUCUUCCGGAAUGGGCGGAGCUACAAGCACCGGAGCCGGCACUACAACCCCACCUGGCGGAUUAAACAUGGUAAAGAGACAAGACUCUGGUCGCGGCGUAACACAUAGCCUAUCAUCCAAUGGGUCACUAGGCGGUGCCCGUCAUGGAAACGAUUCAUUGACUAUAAGAUUUUCGGAGGUGCAUUUAGAGGGCAGGUUCGGAAACGCACCUUUUGGCGAUCACAGGCUAGUUUAUCCUGGUACUGGUGGAUUUUCGGGGUACGAUGGAAUGUUGCAAACGGGGAAUCCCCUAGCUUCGGCCCCCUACUUAUCGGGAGUAUCUGGAUACAUGAAUCCACCGUCGUAUAAUACUGGAAAUGCAGGCGCGGGGAACAGCAGUGGUGGAUCAAGCGAUACGCAUUCACCCCCAAACAAUAUGGGAAGGACAAGAGCGGGGGCGUCGUCAGUAGGUAGUGAAACCGAUAUAUCGGGAACGCUCUCUCCAGGAGGGCGCGACCUACAAAAUCAUAGAACAAGAUCCCAUGACAAUUCGGUCGAUUUGCUCGUGGCAGCCGGCAUCCAUGGGCGCAACUGGGAUGUGAAGGAGGCUGCAGCAAUGAUAGCCGCUGCUGAAAACGCUGCUCGUCAAAGGGAUGCUCAUGGUGUACAACAACACGGCUCUCGUGGAGGUGUAAACCACAACGAUGUUCUCGCGGAUGAAGUCUGGCGCCCUUACUAGGGGAGAAUACUACGAAGACAUUAACGCUAGAUGGCGCUCGAGUACCACCUGCUUCCAGCUGAUGCCUAAACAGCCAUGUGACAACUCCUAGCUGCAAGCCCGGACUGACAAUGGUCACUGAAAUAAUUGCAAAGAGUUGCUAAGCAACUAUAAAACUAACUUCGGAAAAUUUAAAACAAGUUAAAAUACUUAAAAAAUAUUAAAAAGGAUACUACUAAUUUGCCAAUAUUAAAGUUCAAAAAUUAUCAUAAUGUGCAAUCGCCAAAAUGAAUGCUGAAAGCCAACCCGCUGAUAAAAAUACAAAACCUAUAAAAUUUAUAUUUAUGCUAUCUUACCGUGAAACGAGUCCUAAAAAAGUUCCAUAUUCUCCGGAAAAUUCUCACUUACCGUUUCCAUUAUCAUACCGUCGCUACUUAGUAUACUAUAACACAGCAUUUUUAUUAUUCGCACAUAUUACUGCAGGAGAUAAUUACAAUAUUGCCGCAAUACCUAGAUGCAUUUGACUUUUUGUGAUGUCAUCAAUAUAUGACGUCAAGUAUAUUCCACAAUGAUAUACAUGCGAUUUCAAAGCCCAUUGAUGACGCCACAAUAAAAUCAUUCUUCGAAUGGAUUCCAGUUGUUUACGUCAGAAUGGAAGCUUCGAACGUUCAUAAUUCAAAUUGUGUUUAGCAUUAUUAACGUCAUAAGCAAAAAUGCUGACGUCAAAUGUGUGAUAUCUAGCAAUGCAUUUUAAAAUUUUAUGAAAAAGGUGCCAUUUUUUGAAAAAAAAAAAAUUUGCUCGUAUUAUUCUAUUAGAAUAUUUCGCUUAUGCUUUGGGCUUUUUACUUUUAAUGUUAGCAGAUUUUUAUUUUAUUUUUUUCAGUGCUUAUUUCUUUUUUGAAAAGACGCUAGUAAUUUUACAAAUGUGAAGAAAGUUCGAUCUAUUCCAUAUUAACAAAAAAGUGUUUCACGGCGAAUGCCAGAAAGCAUUUUAUGCUCUAUAUAACACUAUAGAUAUUGAAUUUGGAUAACGAAGUAUCUCGCUAGUGCCAGUGAUGCAGUGAGUAGUAGUAGUUGCAUGCGAAUCCGGGUCAUUCAAAAACCUACUCCGGUCUUGACUCCAGGUGCAACAAAUCGUUUUCAGAAACCGGAAUUAUAGAAUGGCCCUGAAAUACUUCAGUUUGUAAUGUUUAGUUUGGAAAUUUUGAUUUGAACACCAGAAAACAUAAAUUUGAAAUGGCAUCGCAGUUUCGAAUCCUUGUUCAAAAAUUCUAACUCCGACGAUGGGAUAACAAAAUUUUGCCGUUUUGCAAUGUCUCAAGAUUAGAACUGUGAUUCUAACUACCUAUUCCAUGAAAUUUGAAAAACAUUUUCUGAAUAUGAUGCCAAAGGAAUCGUAAUCCACAUUUCUGAUACCAGUGUAUGCGCUCUCAUUUAUUCACAAAUCUUUAACCAUAUUCACUUGAAAUCCCAACUAAUAAAGUAAUUUGAUCCAUUGAAUAGUGGCAUCAUUUUCGGCAUUAAAAUAAUAUUGCAUGCUAUUUUCAGAAAAUGUUUCAAAUAUUAAAAAAUAAACUUCGGACCCAACACUAUGGCAAAUUCAAUAGGCCCACAACAAACGCUAGGGGUCAUAAGAGUGCCGCCUUAUAUAUAUUACAAAUUGUAUUACUAGGUCUAUUUUUUUCUUUUUUGAUGCAGCGAUCUUUAAACGCAUAUUUUUAUUUCAUUCUAAUUGUUUUAUUCCAUGUCAUUGCAUACAAUCGGUGUUUUUUUUUUAUAUGAAAAAAACAUCAUUUUUGACAAUUUUUCAUUAAACGUGUGUUCCAAUAUCGCGCGCAAAGAACUAUUGUCAUUACAAUGAUAUAUUUUUAGACCUGGCAAAUCCUACGGUGCUAUCUCUUUUUCCUAAAAUCGCUUUUUGCUAUACUUCUAUGACAUACACUAGGAUGGAAAACAUAUGAUGAUAUUCAUCACUCCUCAGCUCUUGGAAUGAACACUUAAAUAUGGAAUGUCCAUUAAAAAUUGUUCAAAUUGCAAAGGUUAUUUAUCUAUACCAUAAAAAAAAACGGAUUAAAAAACAACAAACCUGGUUAAGAUAUAUUGAGAACUGA